UCUUUAAACGUUUAAACGCCUUUUCACCAUCUUCCCAGUCAGUAUAGACAGCCAGCAGCUGGCUGAGAGAACGUUCCAGCUCCUGUGGGUCAAUUCGGCGCUGACAGUUUUUUGAAGCGCAGAGAAAGAAUCCGCAUUUUUUGGGGGGCGUCUGAUAGACACAUCUGAUUAACAGACGUCGUCACUUUCAGACCGGGUGAUGCAGGUCUGUCGUUAAAGGACUGUGGAAUUCCGCCAAAAUUACGACGGGAAUCAAAUACAGCUGCCUGUCUCCCGGUACCGGGAGAGACCAGCGGCCGGCCGCCAUGUCCCGUGCCAAGGAGCGCCUGCGAUGCGGGAAGGAGACCAAGGACAGCGUCACCCUGCUGCCGUGCUUUUAUUUUGUAGAGCUUCCCAUCCUGGCCUCCUCUGUAGUCAGUCUUUACUUCCUGGAGCUGACGGAUAUUUUCCAGCCAGUGCAUUCUGGUUACAGUUGCAGUGACCGAAGUUUGUCUCUACCUUACAUCCUGCCAAGAGAAGAAGUCUGCACGCUGCCUCUGCUCUUCAGUUUGGCCUUUGCUGCUCCCACGGUCACUAUUCUGAUCGGGGAGGCCAUUGUGUACUGCUAUUUAUCCAGGAGGGCAUCCGUCAUUCAUACUGAAGCCAAUAUCAACGCUGCAGGCUGUAAUUUCAACUCCUACAUUCGCAGGGCUGUUCGCUUCAUAGGCGUCCAUAUCUUUGGACUGUGUGUAACCGCACUGAUAACAGACAUUCUUCAGUUGUCGACGGGUCAGCACACCCCCUACUGGCUGGAUGUUUGCAAACCUAACUUAACCCACAUUAACAUGCCUACAUGUGAAGAAACUUUUAUCUUGGAAGAUAUCUGCUCUGGACAGGACAUCAGUCUGAUCAAUGCUGGGAGGAAGUCUUUCCCUUCCCAGCAUGCAACUCUGGCUGCUUUUGCUGCUGUUUAUAUUUCAAUGUACUUCAGCACUGUACUGACAGACUCAGCUAAGCUGCUGAAGCCUCUCUUGGUGUUCUCUUUUGUAAUGCUGGCCAUCCUGGCCGGGUUAACAAGGAUCAUCCAGUUUAGAAACCAUCCUGUUGACGUCUACUGCGGCUGGUUACUUGGAGCAGCCAUUGCAGUUUAUCUGGGUGUAUAUGCAGUUGGAAAUUUUCAGCCCAGUGAAGAUCGGUCUAAAACCCGUUCACCUCCACCUAUUCUGAGAGAGCCCCCUCUGUCCUCCUUGUCCAAUGUCAGCCAGUCAACAGCUGGAAACAGCCAUCAAGGUCACCACAUGCUGGCUUCCAGCCAACCAGAAUCCAUCAUCACAAGAACGUCAUCCCAUACCUUGUCCCCGAACCGACCCGAGCCAGUCCUGACACGAAGCUCCUCCUACCGGGAACCCUCUUUGACCAGUCUGAAGCGGGCCAGUGCCGAGGUGGAGGUCAUAAGUUUAUCCAGUCCACUUGGCAACCGUGACAUGAUGACCUUCAAUAGUAGCACAUUGCCAAGGUCCCAUGGAGGCUCAACUUUGGAGGAGGGUCGUGUUCCUCGACGUCAUGCUUCAAUCCAUGCCUCGAUGGACUCAACUCGGUCCAAGCAGCUCCUUAGCCAAUGGAAGAACAAAAAUGACAACAGAAAGUUCUCUCUCCAAGUGAUGGAUGGAAUAAGGCCGGCCCCUUCUUCAUCUCCCCAGAGGAACAUGGAACUGCGCUGCUCUUCUGAGCCUUCUGCUGUUGGCUUGGAGGCAGAACUCCGCUCUGGGGGUCAUCUAGCAUCAGUAACUGGUCCUGAAACUGAGUUGCGUGCCGGCGCACACAUCCCUGCUCAGUACAUGAAACUAGCAGCGAGCUCUGUUCCUCUGGCCAAUCAUAAUCAUAUGGCUCACAAUGGCAGCACUGGAUUUGUUGGUGGUGCCAGAGUUUCCAUCCAAUCCCGGCCUGGUUCCUCCCAGCUAGUUCAUAUUCCUGAGGAGGAAAACUCUACCAGCAAAGAUCAAGAAAGUGAAUCAGAGGACAGCACGAUGGAUGGAGGUGGAUCAGUGAGAGAGAAGUGGCUGAGAGUAGCUGAGAAGACAACCAUCCCCUGCAGGCCGCUCAGUGCUGGAGGGCAGCCGCGACUGAUGCAGGUGAUCGCCCUGUCCAAACAGCAGGGUCUACUUCACUCCCCCCGCUCAGAGGACGGUGGCAGCACUGUCAGCUGCACUGGAUCCAUCCGGUACCGAGCCCUGACAGACCAGGACCCAUCACCGCCCGCUUCAACCACUGGAGCAGUCGGUGGAGGAGGUGGAGGUUUGGAAAGAAGUGGCAGCAUAAUUCGUGUUGAAGCUCACCCAGAGUCCAGAUCCAACAAACCCAUUGUAAAACCUCCGAGCACUGAUGGCAGUGGCUCCUGGCGAUGGAAACCACCUGAACAAAGACCUUCUCUUCGUCAGUCUGCGUUCGCCCUCAAUGACUUAAACAGGAACACAGACAGCUGUGAUUCUCUGAGGGAUGGAAUCUCAGUUGAUGGCCGAAGGAGUGUGAUAGGAACAGAAACAGAGACUGAAGGCGGAGGAUUAGGAGGAGUCAGUGUGUACAAUAAUAAUCAUCCACACAUUGUACAUCCUUUACAAACCAGUGACCCAAAAAUCUUCCAACACUCCAAUUUUAACCCAAACAAUCCCAGCAAUCCUAACUUUAACAACGCUCACCUUAACUACUACCCAACCACUAUGAAUUCCACUUCUCCCUUUACCAGCAGUGCCACAUUUGCUCCUCCCUUCCAUCCCCACCCUCAGGCCAUUACAACCAUCAGGGUGACCCCAGUGGAGAGGACAGCUGCUAGCAGCGACGGUGGCUCUGACUGCCAGUCAGUGGCCUCUUCCAGCCGUGAGUCCACGCUGCAAAGGAAAAACAGCACUAGUAUUGUCCAAAUGCCUGACCGUGCACCCACCCCUGACCUCCACAGCAACCACCAUCUCUGCGACGACGGCAACCCUCAUGACACUGAGAGCAGCAACCGUUUCUAUGACAACCAUGGCAACCGAUUUCAAGACAACCCCAACCACCCUAACAGACAAGGGAUAUUUGGCCGUCCAAGCCCGACUCCUCCACCUACCUUACCCCGCCCCAUCCUCACUCACACGCCACCUCCUACCCUGGGAUUGGCCUAUAAAGAAUGAAACAAUCGGCCCUAAAUUUAAUUGCUCUGUAUCUUUGAAAAACAAAAUCCCCCUGACCUGUUAUUUAAAAAAUAAAUCUGCUGUUAGCCAGGGUUGACCUGUAAGGGAUUAACUUCUGCACAUUUCUUAACUUCAGCUUUCAACCUGGUCAGUUAGGUAACACUGCUCACAUGACUCACCUGGGAUCAACAUUUCUGUCCCUUCUGUCUACCGUCUGGUUUGGUCCCAAAACUAAUGGUGACGGUGUGGUCUGCUUCCAAUCACAAGCCGUAGAGUGCAGCCAAAAUUAACCCCACCCGCCCACCUGCCCACUGUUGAACCAGGCAGAAAGGAAGCAUAAAUCUCACAGCUCAAGAAAUACAAGGUGAGUCUGAGUCAUGAGUUUUCCUUCAUGUGUUUUUGCCUUGAACUGCUGGGUUUUCCAGCAAUUAUGGUUUUUGUAAAUGUCACCAAGUGGGUGCAUUUGCUUGAACAGAAUAAUGGGCUAAAUUAUCUGCUGAGCCUCCAGUGUGUCUGAGCGCUCACAGUCACCGAGCCGUCAAUGGCCUACAUGUUCGGUAUCUCUUACCUGUAUUCAUCCUGUUCACUAUCACACGAUCGGGUAUGUACGCUUUUGAGUGACAUUGACAUUGACAUUGAAAUUACCAUUCAAAGCCAACUGCUGUGCUUCGUUUGUACAAAUGAAUGUGGGCGGCUGCAGUGGAAUUAAAACCUGCUGUUUUGUACAGGAGUCCACUUUGGGCAAUAAUCGCCUCUUUGUUCAUGAUGGUGUUGUGUUGGUGUUGAUAACAUUAUAACAAGAGGCAGAAGUAAUGUAUUUGUAUUUUCCACAUGCUGUGUUUUUAAAAUGUGCAGUAUAUGAAUAAUGCAUAUCAUUGCUGUGCUGUGCACUGGUAUAUACAGUAUGUCAAUCAUCUGAGCACAUCGUGCUGAAGUCCAAAGACUGAGGUCAGCUAAGCAGUUGUUAUUUUGUUAAUUCAGCUGUCAUCACCAUCAUACUGAAGCCUGUACUCUUGAAAUGUUUGUUCGUGUUGGUCCAAUCAGUGUUCUGUCACGGUUUUAAGGCUGCAUCAUCUGCUUCAUUCGCGCUUUGCAAAAAUCACAUCCAUCGUGUUUGCAAAUGACCCCUAUGUUUUAUUUAUCAAUAAUUAUAUUUAAUUGUUAGCUGAAUGGUCAACUUAUUUUUCCAUCCAGAUGCACAGGGU